CAACAUGUACGGAUUUAUCAACACCUGUCUGCAAUCUCUUGUGAUAGAGAAAUUUGGUGAAGAGACCUGGGAAAAGCUGAAAGCUUCCACAGAAGUACAAGACGCCUUCAUGACUUACACAGUGUAUGAUGACGUCAUCACCAUGAAGCUCAUCCAAGAGGCCUGCAAAGUUCUGGGUGUGUCCAUGGAAGCCUUUCUGAAACUCUUUGGAGAAUACUUCUUUAAAUUCUGUAAGAUGUCUGGCUAUGACAGGAUGUUACGGACACUGGGGGGAAACCUCACGGAGUUUAUUGAAAACCUGGACGCCCUCCACAGUUACCUCGCACUAUCCUAUCAGGAGAUGAACGCACCAUCGUUCCGUGUGGAGAAAGGAGCAGAUGAGAAAACGCUUCUCCAUUACUACUCUGAUAGGAGCGGUCUGUGCCACAUCGUACCAGGUAUCAUUGAGUCUGUGGCCAAAGACUUCUUUGACACUGAUGUGACCAUGGAUAUCCUCGACAUGAGUAAGGAAGAGGAGAGGACAGGAAAGAAGGAGCAUGUUGUGUUUCUGGUUGUGCAGAAGUCUCACAGACAGAUGAGAAGGGCCAAACCAAACAGGUUACAAGACAAUCAGGACAUCCAGAGAGACCAAGAGGCCCUGGAGGCAGCUUUCCUUAGGAUGAAAGAGAAAUAUUUGAGUGUCUCUGUUUGUCCUGUGAAGAAAUCGCACUGGGAAAUUGUGAGAAGUAUAGUCAUGUUUGGAAAAGGGCAUCUCGUGAACACCUUUGUGCCAGUUUAUCCCGAGCGGCUCUGGAUUGAACAGAAGACGUUCUGCAAUGCUUUUCCUUUUCACAUUGUGUUUGAUGAAUCACUGAGGGUCAAGCAAGCUGGAGUGAAUAUUCAGAAGUAUGUCCCAGGACUCCAAACCCAGAAGAUUCGAUUAGAUGAGUAUUUCUCCAUCAUUCAUCCCCAAGUUACCUUCAACAUUUUCAGCAUCUGCAAAUUUAUCAACAGCCAAUUUGUCCUGAAGGCGCGAAGAGAAAGGAUGCCUGAGGCAUGGAAAAGUCAGCCCGCACUCAAACUUCGAGGCCAGAUGAUCUGGAUGGAGUCCGUGGGCUGCAUGAUAUACAUGUGCUCCCCGAAGCUCCGCAGCCUGCAGGAGCUGGAAGAGCGCAAGAUGCACCUGUCUGACAUCGCCCCCCAUGACACCACCAGGGAUCUCAUCCUCCUGAACCAGCAGCGACUGGCGGAGAUCGAGCUGUCCAACCAGCUGGAGAGGAAGAAGGAGGAGCUGCGGGUCCUCUCCAAGCACUUGGCCAUAGAAAAGAAGAAAACAGAGACCCUGCUUUAUGCCAUGCUGCCCGAGCAUGUGGCCAACCAGCUGAAGGAGGGCAAAAAGGUCGCUGCAGGAGAAUUUGAAACCUGCACAAUUCUUUUCAGCGAUGUGGUGACAUUUACUAACAUCUGUGCUGCCUGCCACCCUAUCCAAAUAGUGAAGAUGCUGAAUUCGAUGUACUCCAAGUUUGACAGAUUGACCAGUGUCCAUGAGGUCUACAAAGUGGAAACAAUAGGAGAUGCUUACAUGGUGGUGGGGGGCGUACCGGUGCCUAUUGGAAGCCAUGCUCAAAGAGUGGCCAACUUUGCCUUGGGGAUGAGAAUUUCUGCAAAAGAAGUCAUGAAUCCUAUUACUGGAGAACCCAUCCAGAUCAGAGUGGGCAUCCACACGGGACCGGUCUUGGCAGGCGUGGUGGGAGACAAGAUGCCACGGUACUGUUUGUUUGGUGACACUGUGAACACAGCCUCUAGGAUGGAAAGUCACGGGCUUCCCGACAAAGUGCACCUCAGCCCCACCGCCUACAGCGCUCUGGAAAAUCAAGGCUUUGAAAUAAUUGAGAGGGGUGAAAUUGAAGUGAAAGGGAAAGGGAAAAUGACCACGUACUUUCUGAUCCGGAACCUGCAUGCCUCAGAGGACGAGAUCAUGGGCAGACCUCAAAGCCUGCCUGAUCGCAAGGGGGCAAGUGCUCAAGGGAACCAAGACCGCAGAGCUGUUGCCAUCAUGCGGUACGAGGACAGUGAGCAGCCGCCCGCGAUGAGUGACAAGGCAGACGCUUCUGAUGAAUUGGCACCUGAAGGGAGUUCAGUGGCAGGACAGGACUCUGUGAGACGCCGGUCUUCAGAUCAGACAGAGACACCUCACUUUCCCAAUGUCGCCCUGCCGUCUGCUUUCUGCGCUCUGCUGUAACACAGGGAAAACGAACCCCCUGGCUUCAUUUUUCCCUUACUCAGUUUUAUGGAGACAAAGAAAAGUAACUUCUUUUCAUUUCUUAGCUCAAAACUUCUUAAGCUGCAUCUCUUCCUCAUAGUCCCUUUGAGAAUAAAAGUCUAGAAAUGAAACA